GCCGGCCGGCCGGGACACACGUGUCGUUUCUCGCUGCCCGACGCGAUUCGAGCACAUGUUGAGUGAAUUUUCGGCAUGUUGAUGUCGUGAAUUGGCAAAAUGGACUUCCAGAGUGCAAUGGAGACGUUUGCGGAGGCGUGGGCUGCGGCCAACACCGUCAAGUCGGAGGUACCAAGCGAUCUUUCACAAAGUUUAUCAUCAGAGCUUCGUCACAGCAAGACGCCGCCACGUCGCUCGCCGGAUGAGCGCUCAGCACCUCGUCCACCAUCCGCGCCGGUACACCACGACCGCACUCCCCACACGCCGCAUCUGUCCCCCAAGAAGGAGGCCUUCAACAACCUGCUCAAUAAAGGCAUUUCGGGCAAAACCUUGCCCGUACAUUGCGUGGUAGAAGCAGUGUCUUCACUAGAAGAAGACGUGUGGCGUCGACGAGCGGUAGUGGAAACUGACAGCUACGUCAUUAUUCCAUCUGCCACCGCGUUUCAGGACCUAGUGCCUGCUGCCAUGCUAAGGCUUGGGUACCCUCAUGAACUUGCUGCUUCUGCUAAAGGAUCAGUAGUCCUAAAUAACUGGAAGCCGCUACCUUUCGAGAAGAUCUCCGAUGGGCCCAGGGCAACGGUAGGCGAAGUCCUUGGUGAAUUGACGACUGUGGUCACACUCAGGAUCCAGCUGUUGAGGCCUCGACCUACUCCCCUUCAAGACAUAAAGGAUAAACUGUUAAGACUUCUAUUGGUACAGAGCAGGCCUCUUUUGAUGUCCACUGGAUGCCCUUUGGAUGAAGUGACAUUGGCGCAAAUAUGCCGAGGACAGGACAGGACAGCGGGGCCUCAUAGUUUCCAUGAACCAUCAGAAGAAAUGCGCCGCAAGUUUGAGUCCUGGUGGAGUGCACAGGUGUCACCUCGGCCGCCACCUUUUAGCCCUCGACGUUAUCCAUCACCGGGCCCAAAGAACCGAUCGCCUACUCUUAAUUCAAUACCGGAUCAUUUACAUCCAGCACUACAAACAGUUCAAAGUCAGUAUCCUACACAGAAAACUAGAAUGCGAACAAGUUUCGACCCGGAACUAGAACUACCGAAAUUACAACGAUGGUUUGCUGAGAACCAGCACCCAAGCAGGCAGCAAAUUCAGCAGUACGUGCGAGAGUUGAACAACUUGGAGUCGCGGCGCGGUCGUAAACCGUUAGACGUUAAUAAUGUCGUGUAUUGGUUUAAAAAUGCCCGCGCUGCUCAAAAGCGUGCCGAGUUACGUAAUAUAGGUGGACUAGGCCAUCUAGGAAUGAACGGGUUUAACAGCAGGAGUCACAGUCCAACCAAUGGUUCUCUAAUGGUUGGAAAUGACAGCUAUGCUUCUCAAGAUCACAGCUCAAUGAAAAGCCCGUUGCAACUUAGUCCCAAUAGAUACCCUAUGUCCGUGAUGUCUGAGGAUAACCUCUCAAAUGCUGGAUCUGAUCUGGAUGAUGAUGGAGGCGAUCUAAACAACGACGACAGGCCAGAAAGUCCUGAUGCACCACUCUCGUUGAUCACUACAAAGAAGGCCAACAAUAAUCCGGAAGAUGUACCACAAGAAUCACCAAAGCAGUCAGAAACAUUAAAGGUACAUGACAUCAAACAAGAGCCCAGAGAUUUAAGCAAACCAGAACCAUCGAUCUCCCCGCAACGUUCACCAACAAAAAACAGUAACAGCUCCCCACAUAAUAAUAACAAUAACAACAAUAAUAAUGAAGAUGAAAACGGUAUCAACGAAGAACAUGACAACGCAUCUGACGAUGAUGUCAUUCAGGAGAGACACUAUCGUCAGAGUUCUCCACAUCUUGAUAGUUUGCCAUUUCCCAUGGUCACAAACCAUCCAAUGUUUGGGCAUGGUAUCAUGUACAUGAGUCGAUACAUGAGCGCGUUUCCAGGAGUAGGGCCUGUACCUGGCGAGGGAGCAAGUGGCCUGAAUCUCGCACUUGCAGGAGCUUCAGAUGAGCGUCGCAAGCGUAACCGUACAUUCAUUGAUCCCGUCUCUGAAGUGCCAGUUCUUGAGCAAUGGUUUUCCAUGAAUACGCACCCCUCACAUAAUUUGAUACUGAAAUAUACAGAAGAGUUGAACAAAAUGCCCUACAGACAGAAGUUCCCAAGGCUUGAGUCUAAAAACGUUCAGUUCUGGUUCAAGAACCGAAGGGCGAAAUGUAAGAGGUUGAAAAUGACUCUGUACGAGCCGUCGUCACCUGGCCACUACUCCCAUCCUGGACAUCCACACGCGAUUGCCGAGAGAAAAUUGGUGUGAAUUAAAUUAUUUGGACGCCAGUAGUUCGUCAAAAAUUAAUAGUGUUUGUGAUGUCGGCAAAUCAACACGAAAGACUGAUCUGGAAUCAUAUUAAUGGUGUUAAGUGCCAUGUUAGUAUUAAAGACGACGUUUCAAAUUUAAUCAUUUCGUAUUAUUCAGGACUCUUAUUGUUACGAUUGUAGUUCACAUAGAUUAGCUUUAUAAAUGCAUCUCAAAACUGAUGUUAUUGUAAGCAUAAUGAUCAUAGUACCAUUUAUUAUUAAAGAAACGAUCACAUCGUAUCCUUGUAAAUAUAAGUAGUUGUACAAAAUUUAUGAUAUUAUCCUAUUAAAAGACACAUAACAUCUGUUUGUGAAUGAAUCUCAGAAUAUUACUCCCGUAUUUGUAUAUAGGUAAUUAUUGAUUCAAUUUUAUUUAUUGCCUGUAGUAGUUUAGUUAAAAAUCUGUUGAAAUUAUUGAUGAUCGUAAAGGGAAACUCUCACCAAAAGUUCCAUUUAAUAGUAACUUAAGUAUAGGUAAAGUAGGCAAAGUAAAACUUUAGCAUCGUAUUCAACGUUAUUAUGUAAAAAUUUAGAUAAUGUCAGUCAUUUAGUAAUAGAUGAUAUUGGUAGCUGAAGAAAUAGGUUCUUGGCCUAUAAUUUAGUAAAUACAGAGUAAGUAACAAACAGUGGAUAACUUGCUUCUUUGUGAAUUUUCGAAUAUACAGUAUUUUUUUGCUUGAGCACGAAGUAAUUUUCCAAUUGUUUACUCUUUAUUGUAAGUGGUCUAUAUGUCUGCGGUUCGAAAUAUGUACAUUUAUACCAUGUAUAUGUAACAUACCUUAAAAGGAUAAUACAGUAUACGCACAUUCCUUUACAUUGUUACAAUAUUGCUUCCUCGGUCCUUGGUUAGUGUUUAUUAUUUAAAAAUGUAAGAUACAAUUUAUUUUUAUUACAAUCAAAUGAUGCGGUGUCCGAGUAAAUUCUUAUUUUUGUUCUUCCCUUAUAAACCAGCAAAUAAUUUGUGUGAAUAGUAAAGAAAAUAAUUUGUUUUAACGGUAAGAUUGCCGUGUUAAGAAAUUUCACUAUUGAAACAAAUUAUUGCCGAAUUUUCUUUUUGAACUGUCGAAUUUCUACUUGGUUUUUUCGCUGUGCAUUUUCAUCUGAGUUUUAUACAUUUGUUAGAAAAGUCGAUGUUAUGUUAUAAUGAAAUAAUGCAAUGUGCAAGAAGUAAAACU